AUGCAAUCUGUUCUCAACUUGGGGAAGACUACAGUAUUCUCCACUCGUACGCUUUUGCGUGCGGCCAGUACGAGUCUACAAGGAAAGGGACCUCUGAAAACGAAUUGGAAGGAGAAUGUCGUUUAUCUAUACCAGUUUCCACGUCCAGCAAACCGACUUCCGAAUCUUUCACCAUAUUGUCUGAAAAUCGAGACUUUCCUUCGAGCAAAUCGUAUAAAGCAUGAGGUGGUUGGUACAUGGCUCACACUACGCCAGUCUCCACGCGGGCUUCUUCCAUUCAUCGAGCUCAAUGGUCAACAAAUUUCUGAUUCUCAAGUCAUCGUUUGGAAACUUCAGAAACACUUUGACCUCGACGACAAACUCGAGGGCACAGAUAGAGGAACUGCUCGUGCUGUGGAGAGAAUGGUGGAUUUAUCGACUAAUUAUGCUCUUCUCGUCGAUAAAACAGUCAACAAUGCUCAUCUUCUUCUUGCCAGACAAGUCAGCAAUCUUCCACUUCCUGGAUUUAUCACCAACUAUCUUGCUAAAUCAUUCAGUAACAUUGCUCGAAGGCGUGUGAAUGGAGUUCUCGGAAAGUUGGAUAUAGCUGAGCAGAAGGAGUUGCUUCGAAGAGAUAUCCGAGCAAUCGAUGAUAUUCUAGGAGAUAAAAAGUUUUUGUUCGGAGACCGCAUCACAUCUGUCGAUUGCUCAGUUUUCGGUCAAAUCGGAGCCGUUUUCUAUCUACCGUAUCGCCAGCAAAUCAGCGAUCUUCUCGAGGACGAUUUUCCACGAGUUCGUGCCUACUGUGACCGUAUUCGUCAACACUAUUAUCCAGAAUGGAAAGAUGAAUAG